AUGUCAUCCAAGUGCCUAAGUUGUAGCAAACGCGUCACUUCCCGCUCAAAAGCUGUUCAGUGCGCUCUGUGUGAAGGGUGGCUGCACACUUCGUGCUGUAACAUCGAUGACGCUUUAUAUGAAUGUCUCCAGCGCACUGCCUCUGAGGUCAUGAGCUCACAUUGUGACUCAUGUCGAGUAAUAGUGAAUGACAAACGUCUUCUGGCUAACCAUCGUCCUUUGAGUAUAUGCAGCCCUGUCACCUUGGCCGUGGACAAUACGGAAGAUGAGUUACCCCCAUCAUCCAUUUCCCUACCUGCAUCUGGAUCUGCUACACCCAAACCAAAUCGAACCCGCACCCUUUCUGCUACGUCGGCCGAGUCAUUACCGUCCAGUAAGAUGAUUUGUCGACCGAGGAAUAAGCCCGCAACGUAUGCUGCCGUGGCGAGCGCCACCGCUCCAACAUCAACCAGUCUAUGCCCAGCUGAAAGCACGCCCCCACGAAAGCUGGUAUCUAAGCCCAAGGCGAAAUCCAACACCGGGGAUAACCCUUCCAUAGUGAAGGGAAAUGUGCCCCCGACCUUUAUCAGCCAAAGCCCAGCCACCAAUGCUGUUAAGUUUAAUCCCAAAUCCGGGGAUAAACCAAAUUCUAAGCUCUCAGCUUCUCAGUCGCGAAUGAAGCUAGUUCUCAAUAGACUUUCUGAGCUAGAGAAAGUGAUCAAAGAAAAUCCGUCCUCUCGCAGACCGCAGAUGCCUGAGCGCACUCCACCUUCUCGGGACCGUUGCCUCAUCAUUAUGAACGCAGCCGAAUCGAACAAAGCCACCCCAGCGGAAAGAAUUCUGGAUGACCAAAUUCUUCUCGAGCGUUUGAUCUCUUUGUUAUUUGAUGAAGGGGAACAGGGGAUUAACAUCGUUUCUGCAUUCCGGCUCGGCAGGAAGCAAGAGGACCCAACCAAAUUUCGUCCCCUCAAAGUCGUGUGUCAGACGGAAGAGGAAUGCCGACGUAUUCUGCGACGGACCUCGCGUCUCAAAGGUGAGCCAUAUUACGUACUACGUGAUCUUUCUCCAGAGGAUCGGAUAAAAAUGAAAAAGGCUGUUGAGGAGCUACGAACACGCCGAGGAAAUGGUGAAACUGACCUUCAUAUUGUGGAUUUUUGCGUGGUUCGGAAGACCCUGAGAGCCCGUUGGAGACCCAUUCUUCUCAUCCCGGGACAAUAA